UUUCAUUUAGCUAUUGAAACGCGGUGGUGUUGCAAUUUUUGUCAAAAGCCGGUGUUAGAAGAUUUUUUACUAGUUCUGAUUUUGCUAUUUAUUCAAAAUGUCAAAACCUACUCAAUUGGUGGAUGGGUGACUGCUGAUUUGAAAUCAAUUUGUCAUUACGUCAACAUGAUGAAGAAGGCCACGAAAGUUACCCAUCCUGCAUUGCUUGCCUUAAAAGAACUCAUCGAAACUGACCCACAAGUAAACAUGCUAUUCACAACUAUGUUUCACCAGAAAUUUGAACCACCACAGCCCAAUCCCAUUUCGGAUUAUAUGGACAUGCUUUUCAAAAUGCAAACGAUCAUUGAAUCUCCCCCUGUGUAUAAAAGCAAACUUGGAAAUGCCCCCCUGAAUCAUCUUUUAAUUUACGUUAUGGCAACCCAUGCUGGGACAAUGGCAUUCAUUAAUGAAAAGGUUAAUAAGUGCUUCAGAGAAAUUCUGAACGCCUGGGCACAGCUUUUGAACCAUCCUGACUCAAGAGCAGUGUUGAAUAAAAAGGAUGGUUGGCUUUCCCCUGAAGCAUUAAAGGAUAUGGGCGGAGAUUUCUUAAAUACGUACAAAGUCGACCUUGAAGAUCCAUACUAUGGUUUUACAUGUUGGAAUGAUUUCUUUGCUCGGCGACUUAAGGAUGAAACAGUGAGACCGAUUGCUGACCCGGACGAUCCAUCUUCAUUCUGCUCUCCGUGCGACGCAACACCUUAUUUCAUUUGCAAGAAUCCAAAAUACCGUGAUAAAUUCUGGAUCAAAAGGCAACCGUAUAGUCUGCAGCAUCUUCUGGAUGAUGAUGAAUUGUGUAAAAAGUAUGUUGGCGGGACAGUGUAUCAAGCCUUCUUGAACACAGCCAACUACCAUCGCUGGCACUCACCGGUCAAUGGUAAAAUAACAAAAGCUUACGUCAAAGAAGGAGCUUAUUAUGCUGAAUCGCCAUCUGUGGGCUACGAUCCAACAGCUAACACGUACUCCCAACGCUACCUCAGUCAUGUUGAUAACCGUGCAAUAUUCCAUAUUGAUACAGAAAAGCUUGGCAAGGUGAUUUUUGUUGCUAUAGGAAUGGCUGAAAUAUCUAGCUGUAUCAUACAGACCUAUUUUGGUCAAGAGGUGAAGAAAGGCGAAAUGAUCGGUACAUUUCAGUUCGGUGGCUCUUCUUACUGUUUACUCUUUGAAAAAGGCCUGAAUUUGCAUUUUGAUGCGGAGGAUAUUCCCAAAAAGGAAUGGAACACAACAUUACAGAAGGUUAAUAGUUCACUGGGGCGUAUAAAGCAGCACCGAACACCGCUGAAAGGCUUGUGUUUUUAUUGUUAAAAACGUUUCUCAUGCACCGUAUAGCUAAAACCUUUUACACAUUAUACCUAAUACAGACUCUAAAGAACAAUUAUUUUGCUUCAUGUAGAUUUUAUAACUAUUUUUCGUAAAGAAAGAAUAUACUUUGGGAUUGUUAUGAAUACAUUUUAUUACAGUACAUGUACAAAUAUUCGUUAAAGGUACUUUCGAUUUCAAUUUGGUUUUGAAAAACUACAUCUUGAAGACCUUCUCGUUUUUGAUGUUUCGAGAGGUCCGUAGUGUUAAAGGAGACUAGGACUGGCAAAUAUGAUUUCAUAAAUAGAUCGUUGAGCUCUCUUAUGUAAAUACGCUAUUAAAUUCUCUCCUCUUAAGUGAAAAUAUAAACAAUGACAUGUAUAUCUA